CCACCCUGAGUAGCAGGGAGAGGAGACUAGAGAAUCCGGGGCUCGGCUCACUGCCCAGUCCAGGCGUGCCAGCAUCUGGCUGCCUCCUGUUGCUGGCUAUGUUUAAGGCCACCCUUGUGAUCCACCCAGGAGCUGCGUCCUGGCAGGAGGGAGGGAGGGGCAUACAGUUUAAAGGAGCACCUCCUCAAAGCCCGUAAUGUUUCCCUUAAAGGAUGCCGAACUAGGCGCUUUUACUUUCUUUGCUUCCGCUCUUCCAAAUGAUGUUUGUGGGAGCAAUGGUUUGCCUUUGACACCAAACUCCAUAAAAAUCCUGGGGCGCUUUCAAAUUCUCAAGACAAUUACACAUCCCAGACUCUGCCAGUAUGUGGAUAUUUCUCGUGGAAAACAUGAGAGGCUGGUGGUUGUUGCUGAACACUGUGAACGGAGUCUGGAAGAUUUGCUUCGAGACAGGAAACCAGUGAGCUCUUUUAGGAUUUUGUGUAUAGCUUAUGAAGUGUUGGAGGGAUUGCAGUACAUGAACAGGCAUGGAAUAGUCCACCGGGCCCUUUCGCCUCACAAUAUCAUGGUGGAUCAAGAGGAGCAUACCAAGUUGGCUAAAUUUGGCCUUUACCACAUGACAGCUUAUGGUGCUGAUGUUGAUUUUCCUAUAGGAUAUCCUUCAUACCUGGCACCAGAAGUAAUUGCACAGGGAAUUAUCAAAUCCAGCGAUCAUAGUCAAAGUGAAAAGCCUUUACCUUCAGGUCCUAAAUCUGAUGUAUGGUCUCUUGGUAUUAUAUUAUUUGAGCUCUGUGUGGGCAGGAAGCUGUUCCAGAGUUUGGAUGUGGCUGAAAGAUUAAAACUUAUACUUAAUCUCGGAUGUGUGGAUGAUAUCAUAACGGUACUAGCUGAGGAACAUGGCUGUCUGGACGUUAUCAAGGACAUUCCAGAAAAUACGUUAGCUCUGCUGAAGAAAUGCCUUACAUUCCAGCCUUCUAAGCGGCCUACUCCAGACCAGUUACUCAAAGACUCCGUGUUCAGUGAAAUCUCCUCUUUAUACCCACCCUUCCACAAACCUGCUAGCCUUUUUUCAUCUACUCUGAGAUGUGCUAAUUUAACUCUUCCCGAAGAUGUUAGUCAGCUUUGUGAAGAUGAAAGUGCUGAUUACCUAGCAGAAAGGUCAAUUGAAGAGGUUUAUUAUCUCUGGUGCUUGGCUGGAGGAGACUUGGAGAAAGAACUUGUCAACAAGGAAAUCAUUCAUUCAAAACCACCCAUUUGCACUCUCCCAAUUUUUUUGUUUGAGGAUGGGGAGAGCUUUGGCCAAGGACGAGAUAGAAGCUUUCUUUUGGAUGACACAACAGUGACACUUUCAUUGUGCCAGCUCAGAAAUAGGCUAAAAGAUGUUGGUGGGGAAGCAUUUUAUCCAUUACUUGAAGAUGACCAGUCAAAUAUACCCCAUUCAAACAGCAAUAAUGAGUUGUCUGCUGCUGCUAAUCUUCCUCUUAUUAUCCGAGAACGGGAUACAGAAUACCAACUCAACAGAAUCGUUCUUUUUGACAGGUUGCUAAAGGCCUACCCGUACAAAAAAAAUCAAAUUUGGAAGGAAGCCAGAGUUGAUAUUCCUCCGUUAAUGAGAGGUUUAGCUUGGGCUGCAUUGCUUGGAGUUGAGGGUGCCAUUCAAGCAAAGUAUGAUGCCAUUGAUAAGGACACUCCUAUUCCUACAGAUAGACAAAUUGAAGUUGACAUUCCUCGAUGUCACCAGUAUGAUGAGUUGCUGUCAUCACCAGAAGGUCAUGCAAAAUUUAGGCGGGUUUUGAAAGCGUGGGUGGUUUCCCACCCUGAUCUUGUAUAUUGGCAAGGUCUUGAUUCUCUCUGUGCACCAUUCUUAUACUUGAAUUUUAACAAUGAAGCCCUGGCCUAUGCCUGCAUGUCUGCUUUUAUUCCUAAAUACUUGUAUAACUUCUUUUUAAAAGACAACUCUCAUGUGAUUCAAGAAUACUUGACUGUGUUCUCCCAGAUGAUUGCAUUCCAUGACCCAGAGCUGAGUAACCAUCUCAAUGAAAUUGGCUUCAUUCCAGAUUUAUAUGCUAUUCCUUGGUUUCUCACAAUGUUUACACAUGUCUUUCCUUUGCACAAAAUCUUUCAUCUGUGGGAUACGCUACUACUCGGGAAUUCUUCCUUUCCAUUCUGUAUUGGAGUGGCAAUUUUGCAGCAGCUGAGAGAUCGGCUUCUUUCUAAUGGAUUCAACGAAUGCAUUUUGCUCUUCUCUGAUUUACCAGAAAUUGAUAUUGAACGAUGUGUCCGUGAAUCAAUCAACCUAUUUUGCUGGACCCCUAAGAGUGCAACAUACAGACAAUAUGCCCAACAUCCUAAGCAAGCGAGUGAGAUCAGCUGCCCCAGGAGUUUAAUGUCCUCUUUGUCAUCAGACUAUCAAGAUGCACCCAGAAGUGACCUGUCUAGGGACUCUAUCAAGUUGAAUGACCUGAAAUCAGAAGUUUCUCCACGGAUCUCAGCGGAAGAUUUGAUUGACCUGUGUGACUUGACAGGACCUAGCCAUUUCAAGACCCCAACAAAGAAAACGAAAUCUAGCAAGCCAAAGCUGCUUAUUGUAGACAUUCGGAACACCGAGGAUUUUAAUCGAGGGCAUAUAUCGGGCAGCAUCAAUAUUCCAUUUGGAUCAGCAUUCACAGCCGAAGGGGAGUUCAUCCAGUGCCCUGCUACAGCCAUGCUUCAGAGCUUUAAAGGAAGAGUUGUUGUGGUUGUUGGACAUGUGGCAAAGAACGCUGCAUUGUUUGCAGCCCAUCUUGUGAAAAUCAAAUAUCCAAGAGUUUGCAUUUUAGAUGGAGGCAUAAACAAGAUCAAACCAACAGGUCUGCUGACAGUUCCUUCUCCACAAAUAUGAGCAACUUCAAAUUCUCUGAGAACGUGAAGUCUCCAUGAAUGAUGUGUGAAAAGUGUAAAGGUGAUACGGCACAUGCGUUAAUUGUUGGUGUCUUUCCAUGCUUGUUUUGGGGAAAUGAAUUUUUAUUUUCCUUUUUUGGCAUAGAGCUUCAGUGCUUGUGGGAUGGAAACAUGAACCUUUAGAUUGUGAUUUCAGCCAACCCAAACUUUAAUUAUCUAGUUGGUUAUUGUCUGACUAGUAGUUCAGCAGUCAUAUUCAUGUGGGUCAAUCAGGUAUUAAGGGGAAUUGCACAAAUGAUUGAAUUAGUAAUAUUAUAUGAAACAAAUGCUGAAAUUAAUAUGCAUGAAAACAAGUUUGCCCAGGUAUUCUUUAAAGGAUUGGAUUAUGCUUACAGAUCUGUUUCCAGACAAAAGGGAACAUUUUUAAUUUGAGUAGAAAAGCAAACUGGAAGUUAGUUUAAAAGUAUACUAUCAAACCUUUUUUUCAAAAAUAUAUUCAUAUGUCCUUCUUAAACUCUGUGGUGUUCCAAACGUUGUCAUGGAGGAGUCUUAAUUCCAUCCAUGCAAUUUAGUAUGGCACAUCCUGAAACCUGAGAAAGUAUUUGUGCAAGAAUAGAUUUCUGUCUUUAUUUGAAAAGUGUGGAUUGUCUGCAUUGAAACAGGUAUCACUGGCAUGUUGACAAAGGAGCAAGGAAAGAUGGAAAAUACUGUGAUCUCAUAAUGAAAUUACCUGAACUCUAACCAAAAAGAAAUUGAGACCUGCCUUUUUUCCUGAAUAUUUCUUAAAAAGUUGUAUUCAGCAAAAAAAACCCAAAUACAUGAAUUAUACAUAAAACAUCAUUGCUCUAUAUAAUAGGAAAAUUAACUUUUCUUUGACUUGCAUGAAUAUUGAGAAUACAAUGACUAACCUUGUUCACUAGCCUGACACCAAUAGCGUUUCAUUUUGUAUUGUUGUUUAUAAUGGUCUUGACAUUAAAACAUAUUUUUGU